AUGCCGAAAACCAUUAAAAGUGAUGCCCGAAACAUUAUUUUAAAAGUAUUCAACUUUUGUGAGCAAGAAGCUCGAGGGCAAGCACCGAUAAUGCCUUUCAAUCAGGUCUAUAAAAGAGUAUCAGCUGCUACAGAUGUUAGUCAAGGAUUCAUUUCCAAAAUAGUUAAAGAACAAAAAAACCGCAUAAACCACAGGAACGCAAAUUACAACGCCAGGUAA